AUGGCGUCCACAAACCCCGAGUCGUCCGACAAUCCCUGGACUGAGGAAAAGAAGGCCAAUAAGGCUAUUAGCGAAUACUACGACCCGUGCCAAGAAGCCGCGUCUAGGAGCAUCAAAUGUCUGCAUAGGAACGGCGGCGAUCGCAGCAUGUGCGGCGACUACUUCCAGGCCUACCGCGACUGCAAGAAAGCAUGGCUCGAGAAGAAAAAGGAAGAGCGCAAAAAGACGCCUCUCUGGUAG